AUGGCGACCUCGGUUCACAUCCGCACGCCUGAAGAGGCUGCUGCGAGAAUCGCCUACCUCUCUAGCGAUGUCGUCAUUUCUGUCCAGCCUUCAUUGGCUGCCGACUCUGAGUUUUCCUCUCACUUGAAGAAGUUUGCUAGCCGCAAGGACCGUGGAAUUGUUGCAGCUACUGAAGAUACCAUUCCUGAGAUACAACAUAUUCGUCAUAACAAUGACCCGUUGCUGUCUGUCUUUGCUCCUGCUCGGUCAGGCAAGCUCGUCUCUGUCACGACGACUUCUUCUAUCUUACUCCCUUCCAUCUCUCAUCUUUACAAGCUCGCCAACUACCCUGUUGUCCUUCAUGUCUCCCUCCAGCCCCGCGGCUUUGCCGACUUCUCUGUCAUCACUUCCAUCAGAAACUCAGGCUGGACCUUCCUACAGUCUGAAUCUCUUCAGGAGGCACAGGACAUGGCCAUCACUGCUCAUGCCCUAGCUCUGCGCACUAGCAAGGCUGUCAUCCACUUCUUCUCUCCAGACACUUCGGCUCGUGAUGAGCCCAUCGGCCUAGAAGAUUUCACAGUAGUGCGAGCUGUCCUUGACAUCGAUACUGUCAGGAGACUCCAAGCUGGCACCAUCAAGGCCUCUGGACUGUACGCCGAUGACGGACAUGUUGCCAUUUCCUCAGACCACCAGGAGGCCGAGUCUUCUGGUACCGUCGACAAAGCAUCGACCCUUCAGCAAUCGACCGCCAGUCUCGUUUCGAAAGCAGUAUCUGAAUUGUCCGCCAAGACCAGCCAGGCGAGCAGCUCCAGCACCCCCACUGGAUCCUCAUCAGUUGCCACUACUGUUGAGAUUGCUGCUCCCCAGGUGACAUCCGAAGAUGUCUAUGUCUGUGCCACUCGCAUCUGGGCACAGCUGAACACGGCUCUUGGGCGACAGUACAAUGCCUUCGAAUACACUGGACCGGCCAAUGCGGAGAACUGCCUCUUCAUCUUCGGCUCCGACACCGGUUCCUUUGCUCAAGCCAUCGACACUGCUAAAGCUGAUGACGUUUACGCCAAGAUUGGUAUUCUUACACCUCGCCUGUACCGACCCUGGAUUGGCUCCAAGCUCGUGGCAAGCAUCCCCAAGUCGAUUAAGAGGAUCGCCGUCCUGGAGCAGAUUCACCGAAAGACAACCAAAUGGGGUCCCUUGCUGAUUGAUGUUUUGUCGUCUAUCAAGAGCGGCCCUGGUGGUGUUGAGACUAUUGUUGGCCACCAACUGGGAUACAUUGCCCCUGAGGCUACCGAUCAAGCUCUGCGUGGCAUCGUUCAAAAUCUCACGGCUGCGCAGCCCAUCCAGAACCUGGAAGUUGGUGUCAAGGAGGGACCGAGUGAGCCAGUUGCAGCUGGCGUUGAGGCCCCGAAACUCGAGGUUGCUUAUUCCAAAAUUCUCGACCAGCUCUUCGGCAGCAGAACCUACAUUGCCAAUGCCCUAGAAUCUCAGAAUGCCGGUAUUUCUGCCACUGUAGCCGCCAGCCCCGAAUUCGGCUUCGGCUCUCUAUUGGCCCGCAAAGAAUUGCGAACCAGGUUUGUGGCCGAGGUCAAGCAAGCAGCAAGCAGCACUGGGGCUGCUACUGAGGCUCUGAAGAGUUGGCUGGCGCGAUGGGCUGUCAACUCUGAUGACCAAGCAAAGUCCGAUGUGAUCUCUGAUGACGUUAUUGCCAAGUUGGAAGAAGAUGGCUCACCAGCAGCCCAGAAGCUUCUCACGAACCGUAACCUUUUCCGGAAGGAGUCUCUCUGGCUGAUGGGCUCUGAUGCUUGGGCUUACGAUCUCGGCAACUCUGGUGUUCACCAUGUUCUUGCGUCUGGUGAAAAUGUGAACAUGCUGAUUAUUGACUCAACUCCCUACUCCGAAAAGGCCGUGGCCGACGCCAACAGAAGGAAGAAGGAUAUCGGCCUGUACGCGAUGAACUUUGGUAAUGUCUAUGUGGCUUCCACCGCUGUCUACAGCUCAUACACUCAAGUUUUGCAAGCACUGCUCGAGGCAGACAAGUUCAACGGCCCAUCAGUUGUCCUGGCCUACUUGCCCUACUUUGGCGAGACCGACUCUCCUCUCACCGUUCUGCAAGAGACCAAGAAGGCUGUGGAUGCUGGAUACUGGCCUCUCUACAGAUGGAACCCUGAUAACGAGGCCAAGGGCGAGCCCGCCUUUUCCCUGGAUUCGGAGCUCCUCAAGCAAGAGCUGAAGGCUUUCCUGGCUCGAGACAACCAACUGACUCAAAUCAUGAAGAAGGAGCCUAACUUCGCUGCCAACCUUGGUCAGGACUUUGGAACUGAGGUCCGGGCUGCACAGAAGAGGAAGGCAAAGGAUGCUUACAACCAGCUCCUCGAAGGCCUUCUGGGCGCUCCUCUGACCAUCUUGUUUGCUUCUGACAACGGCAACGGCAGCACCCUCGCCAAGCGAUUGGCAAACCGGGGUAGAGCUCGUGGUUUGAAGACAGCAGCAAUGGCUAUGGAAGACUACCCCGUUGAGGAUUUGCCAAGUGAGGAAAACAUUGUCUUCAUCACCUCCACCGCCGGACAGGGAGAAUUCCCUCAAAACGGAUUGGCUUUCUGGGAUGCUGUAAAGGACAACACAGACCUCGACCUGGCUGGCGUCAACUACUCCGUCUUUGGCUUGGGUGACAGCCACUACUGGCCGCGAAAGGAGGACAAGAUCUACUAUAACAAGCCAGCCAAGGAUCUUGACAGAGUUCUGGGCAACCUGGGCGGCAAGCGAUUUGUUGACAUCGGCUUAGGAGAUGACCAAGAUCCGGAUGGCUUCCAGACCGGCUACCAGGAGUGGGAGCCCAAGUUGUGGCAGGCGCUCGGUGUGGACAAGGUCGACGGUCUCCCCGAUGAGCCGCCGCCAGUUACCAACGAAGACAUUAAGCUUGAGUCAAACUUCCUCCGUGGCACCAUUGCAGAGGAGCUGAGGGAUACAUCCACCGGAGCCAUCUCAGCCGCCAACUCUCAGCUGACCAAGUUCCACGGCACCUAUCUCCAGGACGACCGUGAUGUCCGUGAUGAGAGAAAGGCUCAGGGCCUGGAGCCUGCCUAUGGCUUCAUGGUUCGCUGCAGAUUGCCCGGUGGUGUUGCGACGGCCGCGCAGUGGAUCCAGAUGGACGACAUCAGCAGCAAGCUUGGUAACGAGACGAUGAAGCUUACUACUCGCCAAACCUUCCAGUUCCACGGUGUCAUCAAGGGCAAGCUACGAUCCACCAUGCAGGCCAUUAACCGCGCUCUCAUGACCACGAUCGCUGCUUGCGGUGACGUAAACCGUAACGUCAUGUGCAGCUCUUUGCCUUCAAAGUCCAAGCUUCACGAAGAAGUUCAGUCUUAUGCUGCCAAGAUCAGCAACCAUUUGCUGCCUUCUACGAGUGCAUACCAUGAAAUCUGGAUCGCUGAUGAGAACGAAAAGAAGGUCCAGGUUGCCGGUGAUGCCGUCCAAGACUUUGAGCCGUUGUAUGGCCCUACUUAUCUGCCUCGAAAGUUCAAGAUCACAGUUGCUAUCCCUCCUCACAACGACACUGAUGUCUAUGCUCACGACAUUGGUUUGAUCGCCAUCGUAAACAAGGAUGGCACUUUGGAGGGUUUCAACCUACUUGCUGGUGGUGGUAUGGGUGCUACUCACAACAACAAGAAGACUUAUCCCCAAACUGGCCGCAUGUUUGGCUAUGUCCCCAAGGAGCAGAUCCACCUCGCCUGCGAGAAGGUUAUGCUUGUUCAGCGUGACCACGGUGACCGUAAGAACCGAAAGCACGCCCGUCUCAAGUACACCAUCGACGACAUGGGCGUCGAGGUUUUCAAGGGCAAGGUUGAGGAUCUGUGGGGUCAAAAGUUCGAGGCACCCAAGGCUUUCGAGUUCAAGAGCAACGUCGACACCUUUGGCUGGCAGAAGGACGAGUUUGGCGUCAACCAUUUCACAUUUUUCAUCGAAAACGGUCGUAUUGAGGACACUCCUGACUUCCGGAUGAAGACUGGUCUGCGCGAGAUUGCUAAGAUUCACAAGGGCGAGUUCCGCUUGACCGGCAACCAGCACCUCGUCCUCAGUGGCGUUGCCGAUGAAGAUGUCCCUGCCAUGAAGGAUCUCAUGAAGAAGUACAAGCUCGACAACCUCCAGUUCUCUGCCCUUCGCCUCAGCUCAUCGGCCUGUGUCGCCUUCCCCACUUGCGGUCUCGCAAUGGCUGAGUCGGAGCGUUACCUGCCCGUGCUCAUCACCAAGCUCGAAGCCUGCCUCGAAGAGAACGGUCUUCGUCAAGAUUCCAUUGUCAUGCGUAUGACUGGUUGCCCCAACGGCUGUGCUCGUCCCUGGCUGGCUGAAGUCGCCUUUGUUGGCAAGGCUUAUGGCGCUUAUAACAUGUACCUUGGCGGUGGCUACCACGGCCAGCGUCUGAACAAGCUGUACCGUGCAAGCAUCAAGGAGGAUGAGAUCCUGACAAUCAUGAGGGCCCUGCUCAAGCGUUACGCACUCGAGAGACAGGAGGGAGAGAAGUUUGGUGAUUUCUGCAUUCGUGUUGGUCUCAUCAACGAGACUACCGAUGGACAAAACUUCCACGACCAUGUUGCGGAAGAAGAAGAGCCAGAUGAGGAGUAG